UUUGUCUCAAAAAAAAGAAGGACAGAUCUCUCCCUGUUCCGCUUCCUCCUCCGCCGUGUCGAGCAAACCACGGCGAUGGACGAAACCCUCGCCACCGUCCUCUCCUACCUCCCGCCUCCCUCGGUCUCCACCACCGCAUCCCCGUCCUCCUCGUCCACCGCCUCCGAUGACGAUGACCGCAUCAACUGCCUCCCGGACGUGCUCCUCCGCAACAUCAUCUCCCGCCUCCCCACCAAGGACGCGGCCCGCACCACCAUCCUCUCCUCCCGCUGGCGCAGCCUCUGGGCUUCCACCCCACUCCGGCUCGACGACGCUGGAAUCGUUCCUACCGCCGUCACCGCCGCGCUGAACUCCCACCCGGGCCCGGUCACUUCCGCCCGCCUCUCCUCCGAGCACCUCGCUUACCAGGAACCCGACGUCCUCGACUCCUGGUUCGCCUCCCUCGCAGCCAAGAACGUCGAGGAACUCUCCGUCGUCAACGGAUCCUGGCCCGCUGAAUGUGAGUGGCGUCCUCCCCCCGGCCUCCUUGGAUGCGCGUCCCUCCGCCGCCUCUGGCUCGGGCUCUGCCAGUUCCCGGACAUUUCCGGCCUCGCUUCGGCCUUCCCCAGCCUGCAAGAGCUCGGGAUUGUCCAUUGCUCCAUGCAGGACCGCGAGCUCCACGCUGUGCUCCCGCGCUGCCCCGAGCUUGAGAGGCUCGCUUUCGUGCUGACACAGGACUACCCAAGGUACAUCCACAUCUGGUCAGGGAGCCUCCAGUCCCUGGUUGUGUGGAGGUCCAUGGUCAGAGAGGUGCACCUUGACGAUGCCCCAAACUUGGAGCGGUUGCUGUUGGAGCCGAUUGGCGGUGCCUCUACUCACGUCAAGAUUAUUAAUGCACCGAGGCUGAAAAUUUUCGGGUACUUUGACGUUGGACUGCAUCAGCUCAAGAUCGGCCCCACUGUGAUCAAGGAUGGGAUAGGGAUGAAGGUGAAGCCAAAUGCGAUGGUUCGGACCCUCAGGACAUUGGCAUUGAAGGUGCAGUUUGGAGAUGAGAAGCAAGUCAAGCUGGUGCCCCUCUUGCUUAGAUGCUUCCCAUGCCUAGAAACCUUGUAUAUCAAGUCAUCUCCUUCUGAAUCACCAACCAAUGUUGAUGUGGACUUCUGGGAUCAAGUAGGCCACACUGAAUGUGUUACCUCACAUAUUAAGAAGUUUGUGUUCGAAGCUGCCCGAGGAGAGGAUACCGAGCUGGCAUUUGUCAAGUUUGUCAUGGAAAGAGCCCAAAUGUUGGAGGUGAUGCGUGUUUUCGUGGAUGAUGGUUGCUCUAGAGACGUUGUGCUAAGUCGUUUAUCUUCAGAAGGAUGUGUGUCUGCAGAUGCUAGCGUGGUGGUGGAGAGGCAAGACAUGUCCCAUGCCUGGAGCUUCGAAAGAGCUAGCAACAUGUCACAGUGUGACCCCUUUGGUUGCUAAAGUUGGAGGAUAACAAAGAAGUGACAAGAUCACGUCUCUUCAAGCCUUACCCAGAUGGAAUGAAAAAAGAGAUGGGUCCUGAAGCAAGUCAAGGCAUAGGUCCUGAAGCAAGUUGUAGUCUUUUGUCUUCCAUACCUUGUUCAGUGCAAGCUUUGAAACUUUGAUUUUGCUUGUGUUAGACGUGCAUUUUGUGCUUUGUGGACCUGAACAUGGCUGUUAUAAUUGAAUAUGAUUAUGUGGAUUUGUGCUUUAUGGAGCUGCAACUGGUUUCAACUUGUUAAA